AUGACUAGUGUACAAAAAUUCGUGCUCAUCACACAAAUGAAAUCUCCCAGCAGGACUCGAACCCGCGACCGCUGGCACAGCAAAAAUCGUAUUGAAAGAACAGCCUCAAAACGAUGGAGAGGAUCCGUGCGUCGCUUAAUAGCAGCAACAGUCUACAAUCUUUCCUGUUUCACACAUGGUUGUAGUACGGGGUGGGUGUCUGGAGUUCUGGGCAAUGAAGCUCUCACAGGUGGCGCAUGGCUGGCAGCUCUACCAUGCCUGGUAGCACUCCCCGCCGCCCCCAUGUUUGCUGUUUUAGCUGAUGUUAAAGGAAGAAAAGCUGGAGCAUUGUGCAUUUGCCUUAGUUUUAUUAUCAGCUGGUCUCUAGCUGCAUGGUGCGGGGCGCGCGGUGUUUGGGCGGCGAGAGUUGCGGCGGGGGCGGGCGGGGCAGGCGCGUUGGCUCUAGCGCCACUAUACUGUGCAGAGAUUGCUCCUCGAACUAGGGGACUUGCUGCUAUGCCGGCUUUGGCUUCUAGUUGCGGCAUCUUAUUCGCUUAUUCUGCGGGCGGUAUGCUAUCAGCACACGCGUUAUCGUUAUCAAUGGCUAUCCCACCAGUUGUGUUACUGUUCUCUCUGAUCUGGCUACCGGAAACACCCUCGUUUUUAAUAAGUGUAGGAAAAAUACAGGAAGCAGCUAAAAUAAUGUGUUGGUUCGAUGGUUCAGACUUUAGGGAAGAUUUAACAGAUGUGAUCGAACAGCAAGAAGUAAGAAUACGUAUCUCCGAAGGCUAUGGAAGGAAAGAGGUUAUGAGGAGGCAGGAUUCUGACACAUUCCAGCCGAUGUUGAAGAGGAGUAGUGGGUUAGAGUCUAAUUCGGAGAGGGAAAGGAUAGAGCAGUCAGCGUGUAAAGAAUUGUUUCGUCACCGCGGUACUCGUCGGGCGUUAUUCUCCUGUUUCAUAGUGCUUUGUGCGGCGGCGGGCAGCGGCGCGGGCGCAGUCAACAGCUUCGCGGCCGCCGUGUUGAGGCAUUCCGCACAUAGUGUUCCUGUGCUGAACACUACUGCGUAUAACUUCACUAUUUAUAACGGGACACUGCCACGCACAUUGUUUGAGACUUCAGAAGCUGGAUCAAUGCUGUGCGGCACGGCGUUAGUACUGGGAGCAGCUGUAGCAACUAUCACAGUAGAUAAAGUCGGGAGGAAGACUUUAUUAAUAUGGUCGUGUUCUGGAAUAGCCCUGGGACUAACUAUCUUGGGAAUAUACUGUGAUCCACAUCUUCGCAUGCACUCAUGGUACCUCCAUCGCCUAUGGCCGUUACGGCGUUAUAAUUAUAAGGAGAAGAAUAUUCGUGAACGAUUAGAUAUAUAUGAUAACUAUUCAUUAUAUAAUCAUACUGUUAGUCCGUUUAUCAAUGAUAGUGGAAAGUCAUGGUAUCGAGUUAGUGAAAGUGAGAAUAGCACCGAUGUUGAUUGGUCAGUUAAGUUUGAGCCUAAGGAAAAGGAGGAAAUAACAAUAUGGCUGCCAGUGAUUUUGCUCUCGAUGGUUCUCUUUUUGUAUAACAUUGGUUUGGGGUCGGUCCCUUAUGUGCUGAUAUCAGAACUUUUUACUGUUAAUGUCAGAAGUCUAGCGUCAAGCUUUCUAAUAACAUGGAUGUGGUUCAGCAACUUUCUUCUCCUCCGAUACUUUGGACCGAUCGCCGUCUCUCUCGGGUUACACGCUACAUACUAUAUCUGCGCAUCCAUCACAAUCUUAGGCGCCACAUACAUUUACUUCACCAUACCGGAAACGAAAGGCAAAAGUCAGAGCCAAAUCGCUGAAGCAUUGCAAGGACCUUGGAUCUUAUUCAAAGCUAAGAAAAACGAUCGA